AUGGUGUUAGUUGAAUACGUUUAUACAGAAAAAUUUCCUGAGUUUAGUGAAUUUAUUAAAAAUAAUAAGGAAAAAUUGAGCCUUCAUGGUGAUCCUUGCAAAUUAGGGAGUAUUGGAGCAAGAAAAUUUUAUGGUAAUAAAUUCAAUGAAGAUACAUGUAAUGCAGGCUUGUUUUUUGCAUCUAAAAUAAUUGGUAAUCCUUAUAACCACGAUACAAGAGCUCGCUGCCUUUACCUUUAUUAUUGGUUGUACAAACAAUUGAAGGCUAAUAAUACAAGAGACCAUACGAAGUCAGUUUAUUUAGAAUUUUUUAAUAAUAUAGGUGGUAAUAGUAAAUAUGUAUGCAAAGACUAUUGGUAUAUUUCUAUUUUAGAUGAAGAAUUGAAUUUAUUGGAUGAUUUACAUGAAAUGAAUAGUAAGCUUUAUGAUAUAAAAAAAAACAAAUAUCUCUCUGAAGAAAAUAAGUGUCACCGUUUUAAUGAGUGCUCAGAUAUGUAUAAACACUACUCUAAAGAGUGUACACCAUAUAAUUAUAGCUCUUUUUGUGAUGCAUUAGAAAAUAUUAAAAAUUUAUAUAAUGAUUUACAGAAUUCAAAUGGUUGCGUUCAUGCAAAAUGCAAAAAAUUACCUUGUUAUAAUACCGAGAACAUAGAGUCACCUUCCCCCAAAACUAAUAAAUCCAAAUUUUCUAUAAUAUUAACUAUUCUAAUAUUAAUAAUACCAUUAUUAUUAUUUGUAAUUUAUAAGUUCACACCAUAUAAUUCCAGCUUGCAUUGUGGAAUAAAAAAGAUAGUCAAUAAGUGUCGUGAUCUGAACGAAGUAUGGAAUAAAUCGCAAAACUCAGAAAUAUCUGAUAGUGCUUAUUGGAAUAAUAGUUAUGAUGUUUUAUACAGUUCCCUUUAA